UAGAUUCUGACUGUAGAGAUGACAAGCUGACAGCAACUGAUGUUGAUUCGUACCUGGUGUCACCUGGUUAUUCGAGACAUUAUUACAGCAACCUCGCAUGUAGAUGGACAAUAUCAAGUAAUGACCCGCAAAGGACGAUAGAGGUCGAGGUCAUGCAAGUGGAGAUAUCGGGCACACCCCCCCUGCUUGUAACGAAGACAAACUCGAAGUGGAUUACCUUCAUUGGUCCUUGCCAAAAGAUGUUAUAUGCGGUUCAAGCAUCCCGAGACAAAAGUUCGUUAGCAUGGGUAACACCAUGUUAAUCACAUUCACUUCAGACAGUGCCAACGAAGGCCAAGGUUUUGAUGUACGAUAUCGUCUGGUACAAGUCAAAAGCACGUAUGCCCCGUGUAAUCAGACAUUGGUUGCAUCUGGAACAGAACAGGUUCUUACAUCGCCAGGAUAUCCACAGAUCUCACUCCUGACACAAAGCUGUAUCUUCACAAUUAGAGCACAAAGCGGUUAUCACAUAAGAGUGACCCUGAUCGACCUUGACAUUGAAUACUCUCCAGCCUGCAAACAUGACAGCUUGACAAUAUCAGAUGGUACUUUGACGCUAGAUGAGUUAUGGUGUGGGAAAAGGGCUGGAGAGGUUGUGAACAGUCAGAGGAACGAAAUCACAGUGAUCUACGGUAUUGAUGACUCCAACAACGGACAGGGUUUCUCCCUCAAGUACUCCGAAGUCAGAGGAUCAGCAAGCAGAGUCCAAGAAAUGGUCAUGCCCGUACGAAACACUCCACUUUACUUAACCUCACCUGGAUUUGAAAAACGAUUCCCUCAAGGCAUCACCUACAGCUACAUCUUUACUGCUGAUCCGCGACAAAGAAUACGUCUGCGUGUUCAGGAAUCAUAUCUGCGUUACAACACUGCCGACGGAAGCUGUCUCAGUGAAAGGGUCAGGCUUUAUGAUGGCCCAUCUUCAACCAGUUCCGAGCUGAAGUCUAUUAACACUGGAGAAUAUGGCUGGUGUGCCUUGGACCUGCCUGUCUUCAUCAGCAGCAGCAAUUACAUGACCAUGGUGUUCAAAACAGUCAACUCUUUUGACCAUGGGAGAAUUGGCUUUGUGCUAAUGUAUGAGCAAGGAAACUUCAGUGAUCCUCUCCCAUGUGGUGAGUCCUUGACAGCGUCGUUGAGGAAGUCGUACCUCAUGAAGAAGAUUCAGCCACACACGUCCUGUACAUGGGUGUUGACAAGAGAAACAAACAAUACCUACAUUCAACUUAAUGUCUUGCGUUAUGAUGUCGGGAGACGGAACGACGACAAGUGUGGUGCAGAUCAUGUAGAAAUAUAUGAUGGUGACACUGAAGCAAGUUCACGUAUUGCUCUACUGUGUGGAUCCAAGUCUGGGGCCCUCUACAUUGGAACCGGUGGUCAGAUGAUGGUCAAGCUGGUAACAGGAGAGUCCCCUGUCACCUUCCACAUAGAAUACAGCUCGUCGCACGAAGACAGAUGUACCCCAAAAGAUCGCAGGGCUACAGAACAACCAGAUUACCUUGUUUCUCCCUCAUAUCCCAAUAAAUAUGCAUCGGGUCUUCAUUGCACAUGGCUCAUUGACAGUGGCAACGCAGACUAUAUUGUUAAGUUUAAGGUCGUGCAAGCAAGCAUUGUCUCCUCAGUCGACUGUACGUAUGACUAUCUGGCAGUCUAUGACGGCAUGUCUGAGGCAACCCGCGUCCAGUUGGGUAAAUGGUGCUGGGGCGUUGAUGAAACAGAGACAAUAUAUUCCACUCAACGAUACUUGACUGUUGUCUUUCACACGAGCAAGGAUAACACUGCGAGUGGUUUCAGGCUGAGAUACUGGAGAGAUGCGGCACCUGAAGAACAAGCGCACGAAGACAGAUGUACCCCAAAAGAUCGCAGGGCUACAGAACAACCCGAUUACCUUGUUUCUCCCUCAUAUCCCAAUAAAUAUGCAUUGGGUCUUCAUUGCACAUGGCUCAUUGACAGUGGCAACGCAGACUAUAUUGUUAAGUUUAAGGUCGUGCAAGCAAGCAUUGUCUCCUCAGUCGACUGUACGUAUGACUAUCUGGCAGUCUAUGACGGCAUGUCUGAGGCAACCCGCGUCCAGUUGGGUAAAUGGUGCUGGGGCGUUGAUGAAACAGAGACAAUAUAUUCCACUCAACGAUACUUGACUGUUGUCUUUCACACGAACAAGGAUAACACUGCGAGUGGUUUCAGGCUGAGAUACUGGAGAGAUGCGACACCUGAAGAACAAGGUCAGGCUACAGCUACAGGUAGCAACAUGGGAACAAUUCUUGGUGGCAUCUUUGGUGGCCUCAUACCGUUGGCUGUCAUCAUCUUCAUAAUCUGAUGACCUCGUCUGGAGACCUCUGUCCAAGGGCACGAGUUCUUCUGGAUGUGGUCAAGCCACUCCUGCAGUAGCUUAUCAGCCAAAGCAGCAAGUUGCGUAUAUGCAUCCACUGUCUACUAGUCCUAAUGCGUAUCCUGAUAAAAGAACGCAUGGCCCUUCUCCUCACUAUAACGAGUUUCCUGAACACCAAGGUUCAAAGUGCAUUGUUCAGGGACAUGAAUAUUCCUAACAAGGACCUGUUAAGGAUCAUGAAGUUUCUCAGUUACUCCAUGUUCAAGAACAUGCUUCAUCUCGUGCAGGGCCUAUUCAAGAAAAUAAGUACUCAGCCAGGGCCUUUCUAAGGGAAUCAAUUUUCACAGCCUGUUCAUGAUCUUGAAUAUUCUAAAGGGCAUAAUUAUUCUUGGGCAAGGCCUAUUAUAGAAAAUAAAAACUUUCAGCCAGGGCCAGUCAAGAGGGAUGAAUAAUCUCACCAAGGGCCUGUGGAAAGGGAUGCAUAUUCUCAGAAAGGGCCUGUAGAGAGGGAUGAAUAUUUUUCUGCCAGGGCCUGUGGAAAGAUGAAUAUUCUCAGCCAGGGCCUAUUCAAGAAAAUAAGUACUUAGCCUGAGGACUUUCUAAGGGAAUUCAGUCUAAGGGAAUUAAUUUUCACAGCCUGUGUUCUAAAGGGCAUAAUUAUUCUUGGACAAGGCCUAUUAAAGAAAAUACAUACUUUCAGACAGGGCCUUUCAAGAGGGAUGAAUACCCUCAGCCAGGCCCUGUGGAAAGGGAUGAUUAAUCUCAGCCAGGGCCUGUUGAAAGGGAUGAAUAUUCUCAGUCAGGGCUUGUGGAGAGGUAUGAUUAUUCUCAGCCUGGGUCUGUUGAGAGGGAUGAAUAUUCUCAGUCAGGGCUUGUGGAGAGGUAUGAUUAAUCUCAGCCAGGGUCUGUUGAAAGGGAUGAUUAAUCUCAGCCAGGGUCUGUUGAGAGGGAUGAAUAUUCUCAGUCAGGGCUUGUGGAGAGGUAUAAUUAUUCUCAGCCAGGGUCUGUUGAGAGGGAUGAAUAUUCUCAGUCAGGGCUUGUGGAGAGGUAUGAUUAAUCUCAGCCAGGGUCUGUUGAAAGGGAUGAUUAAUCUCAGCCAGGGUCUGUUGAGAGGGAUGAAUAUUCUCAGUCAGGGCUUGUGGAGAGGUAUAAUUAUUCUCAGCCAGGGUCUGUUGAGAGGGAUGAAUAUUCUCAGUCAGGGCUUGUGGAGAGGUAUGAUUAUUCUCAGCCAGGGUCUGUUGAGAGGGAUGAAUAUUCUCAGCAAGGACCUGUGGCGAGGGAUGCAUAUUGUUUCUGCCAGGGAUUGUUGAGAUAGGAAUAUUCUCAGCCAGGGCCUGUGGAAAGGGAUGAAUAUUCAUAGCCAAUACACAGAGUUCAAAUCUAAAACAGAAGAAAACAACCCCUGGUGUAGUCUGAUAUGCACAUCGCUAUAUGGCUGAAAUAAUGCCAAUGCAAUGUUAAAUUUUAACUCACUCACUCACUGAUACAAGUAUCUGAAGUCCAAAGGAAUGUAACAUACGAUCCUGUGAUACAUAAUUAAUGUUUAAUCUGUACCCUCUCAUUUGAACAACAACAAUUGAAGAUGGGUCCACAGCUCAGUAGCCACCUGUUACCUUAGACAGGUAAUGGAACAACCCAGGUAGAGAAUAAUACACAACCAUAUUAGUCUGUAUGUUAUUUAAUGUGAUCUUAUUUCUAUACUUUGAUUUUCUUUGUUUGUUGUUUAAAGCUGCACUCAGCAAUAUUCCGGCGAUAUGACGGCGGUCUGUAAAUAAUCAAGUUUGGACCAGACAAUCCAGUGAUUGACAUCAUGAGCAUCGAUCUACGUUAUUGGGAUAUGAUGACAUGCAUGAACCAAGUCAGCGAGCUUGUGGCUUUAAGGUUUUGAGAGGUCGCCUUCUGCCUUGGCAAUGCUAACCUGUCCUUCUUCUUGGACGCAUUAUUGUGAGUGGAGGUACACUUCUUUAUUGGGAGUUUUAGAAUUGAUAAAGUUUCUGUUCUUGUAUUGAUAAGAUUUUUGUUUUCGCAUUGAUGGUUUGAUUUUAUUUUUAGAAAUUGGCAGAAUUUCUUCGGCCGCUCUGUGAAAAUGUUUGAGUAGGUGACCAUCUUUCAGAAAUUCACUAUUCUUCCCUAUUGCAUCUCUUGGCUUAAGAAGAUCUGUGACAGAUAGCGAAUCUGACUACAAUUCUUUAUAGGGAUCAUUACCAUAAGAAUUAAUGCAUUGGUAAAACACUUUCAACUGAAUGUUUGUCUUUGUUUUUUGGGGGGCACGGGUGGCCCAGUCGUCUAAGGCGCCGCGAUUCGCUGUGCAGAGUUGCGUCCCUUGGGCACGCCAGAAACCUAUGAUUGUGGGUUCGAAUCCCGGUUCGCCCCGAUUAUGUUUCUAGGUUUGUC